AUGAAGGUAGCAUUAUCUGGAAAAGUAUUCACAGUGAGUUUAAUAAGUCUGUGGUAUGCAUCAAACAUUGGAGUAUUGUUAUUAAACAAGUACCUGUUAAGCAACUACGGUUUCAAGUAUCCAAUAUUCUUAACACUAUGUCACAUGAUGGCAUGUUCAAUACUAAGUUACAUUGCUAUGUCAUGGAUGAAGGUUGUUCCAAUGCAAACGGUGAGAUCAAAGGUUCAGUUUGUGAAAAUAUCAUCGCUUGGACUUAUAUUUUGUUUGUCUGUUGUUGGAGGGAAUAUUUCCUUAAAGUAUCUUCCUGUUUCUUUUAAUCAAGCUGUUGGUUCUACCACGCCGUUUUUUACGGCUAUUUUUGCUUAUAUUAUGACACGGAAGAGGGAGAGUUGGCUUACUUAUUUGGCUCUUGUUCCUGUUGUUACUGGUGUUAUGAUUGCUAGUGGGGGAGAACCAAGUUUUCAUCUAUUUGGAUUUAUAAUGUGCAUCAGUGCUACAGCAGCCAGAGCACUCAAAACAGUGCUUCAAGGGGUCUUGCUGUCUAAUGAAGCGGAAAAGCUGAAUUCUAUGAACCUUCUUAUGUACAUGGCACCAGUGGCUGUUGCAUUCCUUCUUCCUGCUUCGAUUAUAAUGGAGGAAGAUGUUAUUGGAAUUACAAUUCAACUUGCUAGAGAAGAUUCAAGUAUUUUGUGGUUACUUCUCUUCAAUUCUGCAUUGGCAUAUUUUGUCAACUUAACCAAUUUCUUAGUCACAAAGCACACCAGUGCAUUAACACUUCAGGUCCUAGGAAAUGCAAAAGGAGCUGUUGCAGUUGUUAUCUCCAUUAUGAUAUUUCGAAAUCCUGUAUCAGUAACUGGAAUGUUAGGAUAUUCUCUUACUGUCAUUGGAGUUAUCCUAUAUAGUGAAGCCAAAAAGCAGGGUAAACGAGACACUUGAGUAAUGUAACUCAAAUUCUGCUAAAGCAUCCAUUGUAAAUGUUACUUCGCAAAAUUAUUUACCGUUUGAUCAUUCUUUAGAAAUGUACAAAAGCUUUAACCUUCAGCAAGCUGCUAAUCUUAUUUAGAUUUUCACUAUUUAUUGGAAGUUGUGUUAAUUGCCUCAGCAAUAUUUGGUUGCUGAGCAGAUGUUGGGACUUAGGUUUAGAAUUCGGCUGAUGGCAAAGGAUUGUUUGUAUAUAACAUUUUCUUUUGUUCUUUUAACACUUGUACAGGAUUGACCUAUAAUUUUUGAACAUCCUUUUCUUGCCUUACCAAUUGCCUCAGUUUAAUAUUGUUUACAUUGUGAUUGACCCCUUUGUUGUUUCCAAUUGCAUUCCAACAUUUCCAUCAGGAAAAAAUGACAUGACAUUUGAAUAAAGGAAAAAAUAUCAUAUCAACAAUUAGCAAAGAAAAAAUAUUGUUGACAGGACACAGACUAAGGUUUGUGUUGAUUUCAAGAUUUCUGCUUAGAUUUAACAUUUUGUUUGAAAGCUGUUCAGAUUCAUAAAAACCAUAAAAAUAUGAGGCUAGUGUGAAGAAUACACACCCAUUGUUUAACAUUGUUCUAAACGAGGUGGUAAAUGUGACAAGGAACAAAUACACCUCUUCCAAAUUCAUAGAUUGUCAAA